UAGAAGAGGCAUGACAGAUAAAGAUUCCUACUUUCUUUUUCUUCGUUGCAUUUCUUUUGCCAUAAAUCGAAAUUGCAAUUCUGGGUUGGUGAGAUUGCGCUCCUUUCAUUGAAAGACGUUCCCUUUUCAUUCUUGAAAAGGGGAGAAUCUAGGAAUGACUUCUUUCCAGGUCAACGACAUGAUCAAAAGGGUGGCUUGAAUCGGACAUUGCAGAUUAACUAACCAACGACCCGACCGAGGAUUCUUGAUUUUUGGUCUCUCGUCUUCUUCGUCCCAUUCAUUCCAACACCCAGAUCAAGGGAUUACAAUGGUUCUGAGGUUAGCCUCCUCUUAUAUGAGCUUACCUCAGACCCCGCGCUCUUUGAGCUCUCUUUCCCAUUGCAUCCCUUCGAGAAAAUUUGGAAAGAUGUGGAAGAGGGGUUGCACUAGGAGGCCGGAUAUUUUACCUUCCCUAAAUGGAGAUGAUGCUUGUUUACGUGUUUUUGUGCUCUCGGAUUUGCAUACGGACUACUCGGAGAACAUGAAAUGGGUUGAAUGCUUGUCAACUGUCAAACACAAGAGAGACGUGCUUCUUGUUGCCGGCGAUGUGGCAGAAACAUAUAACAACUUUGUCCUAACGAUGUCUCUCUUGAAGGAGAGAUUCGAGCAUGUCUUUUACGUGCCAGGAAAUCAUGAUCUUUGGUGCCGUAGAGAGUCAGAAAAUGACUUUGGUUCUUUGGAAAAACUGGAGAAACUACUCGAUGCAUGUCAAAGACUUGGUGUAAAGACCGAUCCAAUGGUCAUAGGCAGCUUGGGAAUCAUUCCUUUAUUCUCUUGGUAUCAUGAGAGCUUUGACAGAGAGGAAGACAUAACCAGUUUCCGCAUCCCUCCUUUGGAGAUGGCAUGUAAAGACUAUCAUGCAUGCAAGUGGCCAGAGGAGCUUUCAAACAAAGAUACUUCCCUAGCUUCUUACUUUGAUGCGCUGAAUGAACAUAAUACGGAUGCAAUGGAAGAUGUCAAGAAGACAUGCGAGCAGAUCAUCACAUUUUCUCACUUUGUUCCUAGACAAGAGUUGUGCCCAGAAAAAAGGAUGUUGUUUUACCCAAAUCUACCCAAAAUUAUCGGUUCUGAUUGCCUCGAGGCUCGCUUAAGAUCCAUACAUGGGGCCAAGGUUAGUGGUUCAGCUUGCCAUGUCUUUGGCCAUACCCAUUUCUGCUGGGACGCCGUGCUCGACGGAAUCAGAUAUGUGCAGGCGCCUCUGGCUUACCCAAGAGAACGGAAGAGAAGGAUGAACGGCGGCGAGAAUUGGCUACCCUUCUGCAUCUACUCCGACGGCGAGUUUGCCGAGAGGCUCUCACCAUGUUACUGGUCAGAUUACUACUCUGUAAACCCUGACAACCCCGGAACACUGAACUUGCACCCUGGGUUGCCAGAUUCUACAGCCAAAGAAUAGAUACCACAUGAUUACUUGGUGUCACCAGCAUUUUCUCUGGUACAAUCAAGAUCUUGCGAGGUGACAUGAUCAUACAAUGAAGCAUUCAUGAA